GCGCAAGCUCCGGGGAGGCUUCACUUCCGGACCGCAGCCGGGGCGGCUGGCCCUGUUGUCAUAGCGACCGUUUUACAUUAACUGGUUUGUACUUUCCACCAGGUGGCCUGGCAACUGCGGGGGGCCAGUCUCCCGCCAUUCCCCGUCGGCUCAGUGAGGCCCCAAGGCCUUAGCAGGCCCCCGGAUUCUGGCCUAGGGCUCCGCCGCGCCCCGCGUGGGCAGGAUGGCUGCGGAAGAAGAGGAUGAGGUGGAAUGGGUGGUGGAGAGCAUCGCGGGGUUCCUGCGGGGCCCGGACUGGUCCAUUCCCAUCUUGGACUUUGUGGAACAGAAAUGUGAAGUUUUUGAUGAUGAAGAAGAAAGCAAAUUGACCUAUACAGAGAUUCAUCAGGAAUACAAAGAACUAGUUGAAAAGCUAUUAGAAGGUUACCUCAAAGAAAUUGGAAUUAAUGAAGAUCAAUUUCAAGAAGCAUGCACUUCUCCUCUUGCUAAGACACGCACAUCACAGGCAAUUUUACAACCUGUUUUGGCUGCUGAAGAUUUUACCAUCUUUAAGGCAAUGAUGGUUCAAAAAAACAUUGAAAUGCAGUUGCAAGCCAUUCGAAUAAUUCAAGAGAGAAACGGUGUGUUACCUGACUGCUUAACAGAUGGUUCUGAUGUAGUCAGUGACCUUGAACAGGAAGAAAUGAAAAUCCUGAGGGAAGUUCUUAGAAAAUCAAAAGAGGAGUAUGACCAGGAAGAAGAAAGGAAGAGAAAACAGCAGUUGUCAGAGGCUCCAACCGAAGAGCCCCCAGUGCAUGCUAGUGAAGCUACAAUAAUGAAUAGCUCUCAAAGAGAUGGUGAACAUUGUGCACACCCACCCUCAGAAAGUCAGAUUCAACUGGGGAAUCAAUCAGUACAAACUUUGACAAGAAAGAUGGAAUUACUGCCUGAGACUUCCUCUUUCCUACAAAAAGGCCUGAAAACUCCUGGCUCAGAACAUGCAAGCAUUGAAGGAUCAAUAGCAAAUUUAUCUGCACUUGGAACUGAAGAGCUCAGACAGCGAGAACACUAUCUCAAGCAGAAAAGAGAUAAGUUGAUGUCCAUGAGAAAGGAAUUGAGAACUAAGCAGAUACCAAAUUCAGAGCAGAAAGAACAACCUUCUGGGGAUGUAGAGGAAAUGACAGAGAAACCAGAAAUGACCGCAGAGGAGAAGCAAACAUUAUUAAAGAGGAGAUUGCUUGCAGAGAAACUUAAAGAAGAAGUUAUUAAUAAGUAAUACUUUAAAAUCAAUUAGCAAAAUGAGUUGAAAUUUUCAUAAAAAUAAAUUAUUUAAUCAAUCCGUUAGUUUCAAA